CCCGCCCGGCGGCAGGGGCACGGAGCGGGGCGGCUGGAGCGGAGCCCGAGGGGCGCUCGGUGCCGCAGCCCCGUGCGAGGCCGGCGGGGAGCGGCGGGAGGCGGGCGGCGGGGCCGGGCCAGCCCCGCUGGGGCGGGUGGGGGCCGGCCCGGCGGCGGCGGCAGCAGCAGCAGCAGCAGAAGCAGCAGCGGCGGCGGUGGCGGCCGUGAGGGGAGCGCUGCCCGCCCAAGCGGCCGCCAUGGAGCAGCGGUGCCCUCCCGGAGGGGGCCCGGAGCUCGCUCGGCGACGCUGAGCGGGACCGGGCAGGGGGCGAAGCGCAGCGAGCGGCGGGUCCCGGUCCCGGCACCCCCCCACCCCCUCAGCCCUCCCAGCCCUCCCUUCACGGGCGCGGCGCCUCCGUGGCCGUGCGAGGCGGGGGAAUAUGCGGGGCUGCCCGCCUCGCCCUGCCCUGCCUGCCGCGCCCGGCCCGCGGCGGAGCGCCCCGGCGCUGCCCGGCCGCCCCUCCGAGCAGGCGGCGGGUGGAGACUGAGCGGCACGGCCCCCGGGGGGAGCCCCGCGGGGUGGCCCCGCCGCCGGCGGCUCUCCCGGCCCCGGAGGGUCCGGCUCCGGUUGCUCGGAGCUCCCCGGGAGGAGCCGCCAACAUGGCUUCCCCGCCGCACCAGCAGCUGCUGCAUCACCACAGCACCGAGGUGAGCUGCGACUCCAGCGGGGACAGCAACAGCGUGACGGUGAAAAUCAACCCCCGGCAGCAGGCGGGCUGCGGCUCCUCCAAGCGCUGCAAGUACAGCAUCUCGUCCAGCUGCAGCUCCGGGGAGUCGGGGGGUGCCCGCAGGGCGGCCGGAGGAGGCGGCGGCCCCGGCCUCCGGAGGCAGAAGAAGCUGCCGCAGCUCUUCGAGAGGGCCUCGGCCAAGUGGUGGAACCCCAAGUUCGACUCCACCAACCUGGAGGAGGCGUGCAUGGAGCGGUGCUUCCCGCAGACCCAGCGCCGGUUCCGCUACGCCCUCUUCUACAUCGGCGUGGCCUGCCUGCUCUGGGGCGUCUACUUCGGCGUGCACAUGAGGGAGAAGCGGAUCGUGUUCAUGGUGCCGGCGCUGUGCUUCCUCGCGGUGUGCGUGGCGUUCUUCGCCUUCACUUUCACCAAGGCCUACGCGCGCCAUUACGUCUGGACUUCGCUGGUACUCACCCUCCUGGUCUUCGCCUUGACCCUGGCUCCGCAGUUCCAGGCGCUGAAUCCCCUCUCAGGAAGCGGCGACAUGUCCAACCGCACGCCCCCGGCCCGUCCCGCGGACACUUGUCUUUCCCAAGUAGGCAGUUUCUCCAUGUGUGUCGAAGUGCUCUUGCUGCUUUACACCGUGAUGCACCUACCCCUGUAUUUAAGCUUGUUUCUGGGACUGUCCUACUCGGUCCUCUUUGAGACCUUUGGGUAUCGCUUCCGCGACGAGAACUGUUUCGCGCCUCUUGGAGCCGGGGCGAUUUACUGGGAGUUGUUGAGUAAAGCCUUCCUUCACAUCUGCAUCCACGCCAUCGGUAUUCAUUUAUUUAUCAUGUCCGAAGUCAGGUCCAGGAGCACGUUCCUGAAAGUGGGGCAGUCCAUCAUGCAUGGAAAAGACUUGGAAGUGGAAAAAGCCCUGAAAGAGAGGAUGAUUCAUUCUGUUAUGCCAAGAAUAAUAGCCGAUGACUUAAUGAAGCAGGGGGAUGAUGAAAGUGAAAACUCCGUCAAACGCCAUUCCACCUCAAGCCCCAAAAACAGGAAGAAGAAGCCCUCCAUCCAGAAAACCCCCAUAAUAUUCCGCCCUUUUAAAAUGCAGCAGAUCGAGCAGGUGAGCAUUUUGUUCGCAGAUAUCGUUGGCUUCACGAAAAUGAGCGCCAAUAAAUCUGCCCACGCGCUGGUGGGGCUCCUGAACGACCUCUUUGGACGUUUCGACCGCCUGUGCGAGGACACCAAAUGCGAGAAGAUAAGCACUUUGGGAGACUGCUACUACUGCGUAGCUGGCUGCCCAGAGCCCCGGGCAGACCACGCUUACUGCUGCAUCGAGAUGGGCUUGGGGAUGAUUAAAGCCAUCGAGCAGUUUUGCCAGGAGAAGAAAGAAAUGGUGAACAUGAGAGUCGGCGUCCAUACCGGGACAGUCCUGUGUGGCAUUCUGGGAAUGAGGAGGUUCAAGUUCGACGUGUGGUCCAACGAUGUCAACUUGGCCAAUCUGAUGGAGCAGCUGGGGGUGGCUGGAAAAGUCCACAUUUCGGAAGCUACUGCAAAAUAUUUGGAUGAUCGUUAUGAAAUGGAGGAUGGAAAGGUGACCGAGCGAGUGGGUCAGAGCGUGGUAGCUGACCAGUUAAAAGGUUUGAAGACCUAUCUGAUCUCCGGUCAGAAGGUGAAGGAACCCCAGUGCAGCUGUUCACAAGCCCUGCUUCCUGGCUUGGAGUCUGGAGAUGGAGCCAGGAUACAGGCAACAUCGUCGUCUGAGAACGCCAGCGACUUGACAAAGACUCUCAAACACGUGGAAAAACCUAAGCCUUGCCCUUCAUGUAGUACCACCCUUGCACCCCACUGCGAUGUCAGCAUAGAUGAAGGAGCUAUCCAAAAUGGUUGUCAGGAUGAGCAUAAAAACAGUACAAAGGCUCCAGGAGGCCAUAGUCCAAAGACUCAGAAUGGACUUUUGAGUCCUCCACAAGAAGAAAAGCUGAGCAACAGUCAAACCUCGCUUUACGAAAUGUUGCAAGAGAAAGGAAGAUGGGGGGGCGUGAGUCUGGAUCAAUCAGCUCUCCUUCCUUUGAGGUUCAAAAACAUCAGAGAAAAGACAGAUGCUCACUUUGUCGAUGUGAUUAAAGAAGACAGCCUCAUGAAAGACUACUUCUUUAAACCUCCUAUUAACAAGCUGAGCCUGAACUUUUUGGAUCAGGAUCUGGAGAUGGCCUACAGGACAAGCUAUCAGGAAGAGGUUAUAAGGAAUGCUCCAGUGAAGACAUUUGCCAGUGCUACCUUCAGCUCACUCCUGGACGUGUUCCUCUCCACCACAGUCUUCCUCAUACUAUCUGUCACGUGUUUCCUGAAGCACGGGAUGGUGGCGUCCCCUCCGCCACCUGCGGCCGUCGUCGUGUUCAUCAUCGCCAUCCUGCUGGAGGUGCUGUCCCUCGUCAUCUCCGUUAGGAUGGCAUUCUUCCUGGAGGAGGUGAUGACUUGCACGAAGCGUCUCCUGGAGGUGAUAUCUGGCUGGCUGCCUCGACAUUUUUUCGGUGCAAUCCUAGUUUCUCUCCCAGCUCUUGCAGUUUUUUCGCACUUCACCUCUGAUUUUGAAACAAAUAUACAUUACACCAUGUUUAUGUGUUGUGCCAUUCUGAUCACCAUUGUGCAGUACUGUAACUUCUGCCAGCUUAGCUCCUGGAUGAGAUCUCUAUUGGCAACUGUAGUAGGAGCAGUGCUUCUCAUUCUGCUCUACAUCUCCUUGUGUCCAGACAGCUCUGUGGAAACUUUUCAUCUGGAUUUGGCGCAGAACUUUAGCUCCAGGAAGAGUCCGUGCAACAGUUCGGUGCCAAGUGACAUGAAGAGGCCAGCAGACCUCAUCGGUCAGGAAGUGAUUUUGGUUUUUUUCCUUCUGCUCCUCCUGGUCUGGUUUCUGAAUCGGGAGUUUGAGGUCAGUUACCGCCUCCACUACCAUGGGGAUGUGGAGGCCGAUCUUCAUCGCACCAAAAUUCAGAGCAUGAGGGAUCAAGCUGACUGGUUGCUGAGGAAUAUUAUUCCCUAUCACGUGGCUGAGCAGUUGAAGGUUUCCCAGAGCUAUUCCAAAAACCAUGACAGUGGCGGAGUAAUCUUUGCCAGUAUUGUGAACUUCAGCGAGUUCUACGAAGAGAACUACGAAGGAGGCAAAGAGUGCUACAGAGUCCUGAAUGAACUGAUUGGGGAUUUUGAUGAGCUGCUAAGCAAACCACACUACAGCAGCAUUGAGAAAAUCAAAACAAUUGGGGCAACCUACAUGGCUGCUUCAGGGCUGAACACAUCGCAGUGUCAGGACAACAACCAUCCCCAUGGACAUUUGCAGACCCUUUUUGAAUUUGCCAAAGAAAUGAUGCGAGUGGUGGAUGACUUCAACAACAACAUGCUGUGGUUUAAUUUUAAACUUAGGAUUGGCUUUAACCAUGGCCCUCUCACUGCUGGGGUCAUUGGCACCACCAAGUUGUUGUAUGACAUUUGGGGUGACACUGUGAACAUUGCUAGCAGAAUGGACACCACUGGCGUAGAGUGUCGUAUACAGGUGAGUGAGGAAAGCUACCGCAUCCUGAACAAGAUGGGGUAUGACUUUGACUAUAGGGGGACAGUCAAUGUGAAGGGGAAAGGUCAGAUGAAGACCUACCUAUACCCAAAAUGCAUGGACAAUGGGAUCGUGCCACAUCACCAGUUGUCUAUAUCCCCAGACAUUCGGGUUCAAGUGGAUGGCAGCAUUGGGCGAUCUCCGACUGACGAGAUUGCCAACCUGGUGCCUUCUGUACAGAAUUCUGAUAAGAUAGCCCAUGGCACAGAUAACUCAGAAACCAAGGACAUUCUUCCUUCCUCCAAGAAGCUCCAGAAAGAUUCGAUGAAAGCAGAAGAGAGGUGCAGGUUUGGCAAAGCUGUAGAGAAGACUGACUGUGAGGAAGCGGGAACUGAGGAGGUCAAUGAACUGACAAAGCUAAAUAUCUCUAAGAGUGUAUGAUGCACUGUCAGAGUUGCAUGAAGUGCUCUGUCAAUAGAAACACAAAGACAUUUGCAAUUGGCAGUUUUCUUUUUCAAGAGAGACCUUCUCAACACCUGGGUUGUACGUUUGUUUUCAUUUCAGCGCCUGAUGCUGUGUGGAUCACAGCUCUUCAGGGCUUGUUUUCAUCCAUCUCUCUCCUCCAUGCCCCAAAUCACAUCCCAAGCUCCCCAGCUCCCUGUGCAACCAUCUUACAGCUGAGUAGAGGAUAUUAAGUGCCUUCAGAUAUACUCCAUUGGACUCCCUGUCAAGGUACAGAGGCCCCAAGUGAAAUCAUAGCUUUGGGUAUUUAUCUAAUUUUAAAGAAAAGAAAAGCUGUGGUUAUAUCAUUUUUAUUGUUGUUUCUCACAAAACACUUUUUUUGGCUAAUGCAACUCCUUGGGUUUUUUAUAUCUAUAUGAACAAUGUUUUACUGUUAUCAGACCUUUUGUAUGUAAACACACAGACAAAUGUGCAUGUAUCUACCAUAUGAGACUGACAUAAAGUGCCAGUAACGUACCACAAAAGAAUGUCUUGGCAAGGGGGUGACACAAUUUUACUUUGUGUUGGGCUGGAGGAGGAGUUCUGCAGUGGCUCAACAUUUAGUUAGAGUAGGCUGAACAACUGCUGUAGUUUUAUUCUCCUUUACCAAUGCUUUCUUCAAACUUAAUGUGCCAUUGUGUGCUUUGGAUACACUUCUUUUCCAUAUAGCCAAUGAGUUACUGAUAUGUGGGAAUGGAAUAAGGGUUCGGACUUCACCAGCUCUCAGGACAGGCGUCCAGAAGCAGACAAGCGACCAGAAGAGCGUUACAAUUUGGGUUUUGUGUGUCUGAAAGGGUUUUAGGUUGCUCCGCACCCUAGCUGAAUUGGCAAAGGUAGGUGAAGUUGGUGUCUCUAAGCUGGUCUGAUUUGAGAGAGAGAAAAGUUAAAUAAAUGUUUUGGAGAUGCCGUUAUUUAUUUAUUUAUUUUAUUUCUAUUCUUAUUUUGUUUUCAUUUUUGUUUUUUUUUUGCGGAAGGGAUCAGGAGAGAUGAGUCGUUAAUUGGUUUAACAAGAGUAGUGGGAUAGCGUUUCAGCCUCUUUGGACUACCAUCCACUGUGAGGAUGUUGUUACCUAGGCAAUAUUUGUUUCAAAGCUGGUGAAACGUCCGAAGCCACCAAACGCAGUUGGGCAUCCCAGCUUCCCUCUGUACUGAACUAAUGGUGCUGCACAAGAUUUUUUCAGGAUUUGCCCCCUACACUGUGCUUUUGCAGCAGGGAAGAGAACAGCAUGCUCCCUGCGUGCCACUGAAAGCAGGAAUAGGGAAGGAGUCCUUUGUUGCGAGCUGAGAAGCACAACGAUUUCCCAGUCCUGCGGGUGACUUUGUGCAGGUCCCCGUGAUCGGAGAUCUGCUUGCACAGAGGUAACUGCAGGAGUGGGGCCCCAAACGAUACCGGUCUGCCCUCUGCAUGCUUCCAUCACCUCACCCACUUACAUCUGAUGCCCCACUUUGGAUAUUAUUACCUGUUCAGCUAUUGGAGUUUAACAACCUUGCAACACCAAAUAAGAUUAAAAGAAUUUUUGCACCUGAAAUAAGUUCUUUAGCCGGGGAAGAGCUGGUGAAAUGCAAUGCUGUGCUGUCUGCGUAUUGGUAUGUGUUUUAAUGCUUUCUUUCUGUCUGACCUGAACUCAGAAUAUAUUGAUGCUUCGUUUUAUUCCCAAUGCAAUUUUUGGAGUUUGAGUAAUAAAUAUACACACCGUGACGUUCCCAUUCAGCCAUCUGAGAUCCAUCUACACUCCAUGGUGAGCACAGAGCCCUUCAAGCCUUUGUCAAAUACAAAUCUAGGAGGUUUCUGGAUCUCAGUUACCUUAAACAAGACUCUGCACACUGUUCUCACAAAAGCUGCUGUUUAUGCGUCUCUAAAUUGCAUUGGAUACAAAAGCUGUUUAAAGUGAAUCUUACUCGCUCAAUCUCCCAGCACACACAAAAAAAGGGGGUGUUCAUCCCUAUGCCACAGAUGCCGUAGCCUCGUUUGGGGCUAUUCCUGACAAGCAACGAUAGGAAGUUGUUUUUAGUAGUGCAACGUUUUGCAGCAGCCUGCCUUCCCACUCAAUUAGAACCAGUCCCCUUCCCCCGUAGUGGGUUGCACUUCCAACUUUCAGGUAGUAUAACUCUGCAAAUACCUCUUGCAUCCGACGAAUGUAUUCUUGAAACCAUUUCCAGGAUUCUCCUUACAGUGAAGUCUAUGUCAGUAUUUCUUUUCUUACAGUAGGGGAGUUCACGUGGUCCAGAAUUGUUUACAUGCCUUCUAGUGUUAUAUUCGGGAUCUCGAAGUGGUUCAGCCCUUUUCCCCUUUCCCUUCUUUCUCCCCGUUUUACAGACAGCUCUGCCCAGGGUUCAGUUCCAUUUCUCUCUCGCUGACCCCCUGCUUUGUCGGGAGCCCUGUGCGGGGACCCCCUGCCACCAGCCGGGUUUGCACCGCGUGGAGCCUCUGAAAUGGGCAACGCUGCCGUGCUGCGGGAGGCUGCUAGCAUUCAGAUACCAAAAAAUGCAAUACCACGGGUUCAUUAUUGUCGGUAUUAAGCAAAUGAAAUGGCAGAGGACAGAAAUGGGGUUGGGCUCUGAAUCUGGGGGCUGCUGUCUGCUGCAGGCUCUGGCGCGCUGAGUGCAGCGCUGCUGCAGCCUCCGCCGCCUCCUUCGGAGGUCAGCGCCUCGUCGUAGGAACAGGAUGGGGAAGCCGAGCUGUCGGUGUGUGCUUUGAACAGCCAGAUUUUCACAGGCACAGGGAGACGCUUGCUUUUUGUUGGGAAAUGGUGGGGGUUGAACCUUUGCGCCUUCCCUUGACGCCUUUGAAAAGAUGUCCCGGUGCUCGCAGAAAUUGUUCUGCGGGCGUUUGUAACAGCACCAGGCUGCAUCUCGCCGUGCCCUGGAGCUGGCCCUGCCACACGUGUGCUUGUGGGAGGCCUCGAGCAAAGCCGGUGUCAUUGAGAUGUCCCUCUGCUUGCCCUGCUGGUGCCACCGCCGUUCAGACACGGGGUGGAAGCUGCAGGGACAGAGAGCUGGAGUUGUGUUCUGCAUGCAGCCAGCGCGGCGCUCUGCUCUGGUUUUGGGGUGUCUUCGUGCCGAUCGUUUCAAAACUACCCAGAGAGGGGGAAAAAUUGCUGCGUUUGCUAGGCUGGGGCUGCCUUCAGCUGCAGGUCUCUUGUGGGAGCUGCUCGGGAGCACAGAGUGAGGAGCAGGAUGGUGAGCGUGCCCUGCAGCAGCAUCUUCAUCUGCUGCCAACGCAUGGAAAUGCUGACUUUCUUGCAGCUGCUUCUGUGAAACGGAAUUGAUUUCUCAUUUAAAAACACGUAAAUGGCGUUCCUGUUGAUUUACUUCUGGUGUUCAUGAUAUGGAGACAGGACCAGAGCUGCCUGUUGUUUCCUACAGUUUGGUGCCAUCCCCUUUGGCUGAACCAAGCAGGCACAGUUGGACUUCGAGGAGACAAAACGGGGGCUGAGAGGAUGCCCCCAGCGUGGAGGUGGCACAAACCUCUCCCAGAGCCAGGUCAGCGUUGGCUGGCACCAGGAAAAGGGCAAAAGGUAACUAGUUGGGUACUUCAGGGCUUAUAAUUGCUGAACUCUAAUUUGUUUCUAAACCUUUAAUUCUGAAUACAACAGCCAUGUUUAAAAAAACAAACAAACAAAAAAAAAACAGUUGUAAGGGAGCAGUUGUGCACUUCAUGCCUUUACGUUGCAAUAUCGCAGAGCCUGGGAGUGCCUGAGGUUGGUUAUAACCCGGUUGGCUGCAUAAUUGAGCAACUUGGGGGGGGUUUACCAAAUUUAAGGACUGCGUCUGUUUUCUCUCUGCUUUCCUACGGGAUUUCUCUGGCACAGUCUGGGUGACCUUGAGUAUUAGAGACCGUGCAAAAGCAGAAGUUAAUAACUAAAAUGAAGUGAGGGGCUGCUGGUGUUGGGUUCAGGGAAGCAGAGCUCAGGAGGACCCUUGUCCCCAAAAUGCUCUGGGAUGCUGAAAAUGGAAGGAUGCUUGCAGGGAGCACGUUUUGUUUGUUUGCUAAGCUUCAGGCUUCUUGGUUCGAAGCUGUUCUGUGGGGAGGCGUAUUUGGAAAGGAAUGUGGCCAAGCAAAAAAUGAGAAACUCUGCUUGCUGUCACAGCAGAAAAGAGACACGUGAGCGGGCAGGGGUCCUUGGUGGUGGGGCUGCCUGGUACACGCAGAGGGUGCGGCUUUGCCUUGAAGUCUGGCAUUUAGUUAUAAAGCACUGUUUAUUGAUGUGACUUUCCCAGCCGCUGGAGAUGUCAUGGGGAUGGUUUGGCUGGAAACAGAAAGAUUUACACACGGAAAGAAGAGCGGUGGAUGCUGGAGAUGCAGGGGUGCCCCAGCGCUGUCCGGCAACGUGCUGCAGCGCUGCCACCUCGCAGGAGCAGCCACCUCGGCUGGCUCAGUGGGGUGGGAACAACCUGGACUUGAGGCUCGUUGGAACCGAGAGCAUCAGCACACAGCGCCUGCAGAAUUUUGCCAAGUCCUAUAAAAACAAAAAUUUGGUACGAUAACCGCUGCAUGCUGAUUCCUGCAGACGUUCUGGCUGUGCCAGUUUUAGUUUGAGGGGGGCAGUGGUCUGGUGACUCAGUCAGGAGCUGUGAAACCAUGGACCAUUUUCUGCUGAAAUGUACCGUAUGGGAAACCAGAGAGGCAGGAGGGUCUGCCGGUAGGAGUGCAGGACCCCGUACACCAGUGGAUUUUUGUUUUAGUGGAUUUUGGUGCUCUGUACGAUGACGUUCGUGCUUCCAGCUCAGAAUUUGGGGAGCUCAGAGGCCGUGCUGCAGCGAUACGUCGAUCUUAGGCAGCGUCCUGUGGUUGCAGAAACCGAAACCCUGUUGGCAACACCAGCGAUGCAGCCGGUCAUUUUCUUGGAGAAUCCACCUACUCCUCCUCCCGUCCUUUAACCGAACGGGCAGGAUCAAGAAGAAAAUGACCUGGACCCCCAGACCCUUACCGCUGUCGCCAGAGCUGUAAAAUCCCUUUGGUAGUUUCCAGGUUGCUUUUGGUGUCCUUGGUGCCCACGGGGGAGAGCAGCAGGGGGCAGCGGUCGGACGCAUGGACAGGACUCGGCAGCAUUCCCCGUGACACCCCUGGCAGGUGACAGAGCUCUGCAGGGUCUAGAGGUGAGUGCCUCUGUCCCCUGCAGCAGGGAGUCACCCACAGCGAUCACCCGCUGCUUCUGGGUGCUCCCGCAUGGCACAGGGUCCCACAGCUCAGUUUUUCACAUGAAGCCAUGCCCAGCUCCUCAGCUCGGGGGGCACUAAGCCCAUUUGCCAACUUCAGGAGGAGCGAGAGCCUUUCUCUAAUGAGGAGCGACCAACUUGCAGCCUUCACCUGCUACAGACUCAUGAUUUAUGGUUUCACGUGGCACGGAGCUCCCCUACAUCUCCACUGCAGCAGGGGGCUGAGACUCCUGAAGCCAUCCAUGGGGUCUCUGGGGACAUCCCCUCUCUUCGUGCUCAUCCUCACGGGUGCUGUGCAGCCCCCUUGCAUCCUGGUGGAGAAAUUUGGGGUAAGCAAACAGUGCUGCACAAGGCACCGAGCACGCUGAUAUCACAGAAUCCCAGGGUCAUCAAGGUUGGGAAAGAUCUUCAGGAUCUCCAAGUCCAACCAGCAGCCUGGCCUCCCAAUCCUCUGCUACGCCACGUCCUGCAGGGAUGGGGACUGGGCAGCUCAGCUGGAGCACGGGGAGGUUUGGGGUUUCUGUGUUAGGAUGAGGGAGCCUGAAAACGGCCGCAGUUUGUGAAGCUGCUGUAAUGCCACCCUCUGAACUCUGUCCUCUGAGCAACGCGGCGGGUUUUGUCAGCAGCCGUCAGGCACCCAGGAGCUUGCUGGCUUUGUCUUUAAAUUAGAGUUCAUAAAAAAUCAAAUGUCAGACUCUGAAUAGGCUCAAGCAGUAACUAAAAUCACUGCGGAAUCUGAUUUGUGUUACCAGUGGCUCAGCUGGAGCCUUGCUGGGGGGUUAGGGGUGCUGAGUGAAGCUCUGUGGAGUAACACCAGUGUGGGUUUUCUGCAGAAAACCCUUUUUAAGCCUUGAGCAGAGGAGCUAAACUUUUGUCUUCAGCUGAGGAAACUGGCUAUACAGCUUAGAGAAAUGUUUCCUUUUUACAUUCAAGAGGCAGUAUUAGAUUUUAAGAUUAUUUGGGGAAAACAAAAACAGGUGGGUAGAAGACAUUCAAAGCUUUUUUCCCUGGUUCUUUAGUGCAGCUGCUGUCCAUUAGUUGGCCGGGAGAGGUGCAGGGGCACGAGCUGUCCCACCUGCAGCACGUCGGGGGGCACGGGGAGCCGCUGCUCCGCAUGCGUGUCGUGGGGCUGGAUGCUGGUGCAGGGGGAGCAGUCGCUUGUUUUAUUGUUCUGGAAGGGCCCCGAGGCUGCUGCAUCGGCUUCUCACCUUGUAGCCCUCGGUCUUACUUUGUACAUGUUUUACUCUGUUCUUGCACUGGUCUUUGGCUCGCUGUAGCAGCGCGUAUUGUAAUCUCUAGAUGUUGCAGCAUUCGCUGAAUCUGAAGAACUGCAAAGAAGGCAGUGGCUGGGACCAGCUUCUAAAAUGUCAAGUUUCAGCUCUUUGACCGGUGCUGCCCUCGCCAAGCUCAUCAUCCGUGGUCGCUUGAGCCGCUGUGUACCCGAGGUACCCGGCCAGGCUCUGGGUUGCUCCGCAGCUUGUGUGGUUUUGAGCUUUCCGAGGAUGUUAAUGCACUCGUGUCAAAGUGAUUUUCUCAAUUUUUACUCUUUUCUCCCUUACUUACUAACGAGUUCGCCUGUUUGUAAAUUCAUGCACUGGCUGAAUAUUAGCGCGCGAUUCAGAGAUGGUUUGUAUGCUUUGGUUGUGGCUCAGGGCAGGAAGAAAUGCAGCGAUGAACCAGGGGGAGGGUGUGCAGCAGGAAGGCGCCUGCCUCUUCAGCAUCCUUGACUCUUUGCCUUGAUUCCAGCAGGAGCAGCGUUUCGUUUGGGGUUUAUCUGAGAGGUGAGCUGGGUACCUCUGUCUCGCUGGUGCCCCCAGGAGCAUCCCAGGGAGGGUUUUGGUGGUAUCGCAGCACUUUGCUGGGCACCGGGGUUGCCUCUGGGCUGGCUCUGGCACCUGCGGCGGUUUUCUCCAUGCGUAGAGGUUUGGGACUCCCCCCCCACCAGAGUGCCCUUCCCAGAUUUCAUUUGUCACCCCCAGUUUUCUGAGGCCGUGCUGAGAUACACAUGCGCAUGCGUGUACGUGCCGAGACGGAGACUUGUUGCACCCUCCUGCGAGUACAGCUUCCAACUUCCAAAGUAAUAAACUCCUUAAAGCCAAGAGCCUUAACGACUCCCACCGCCUGCUGAGAGACAAAGCACAGGUUCAGGUUUGUGCCGAAUACUUAGGAAUUUUUAGCCAUGGAUGUCUCCUGUCCGUGAGGAGGUAACAGGAGCAUCCAGAGACGCGAAGGACCUUGGCGGCGCUCGCCGAAUCCACCAGGAACGCGUAGAAAGGCUCCCCCGGUGCUCUCAGGAAAGCCGCCUCGCUCCCGCAGGGCUUGCAUUUCUCAUAACAGCUCCGUCUUUCUGUGAAAUGCUGCUUUUAACCUGGCGUCAAAGCUUUCUGGUGGUGGUGGGGCUGGCCACCUCCUUGCCCGUUCGGCCCCGCCACGGGGCAACACCACGGUGUCGGUGCCGGAGCCGUGGUGGGGUUUGGCCAGGUGGAAGCGAGGAACCCAGAUCCGGCAGGGCCGCUGCCUCGACGUGGUACGGAGACUUCAGCGCCGCCCGUCCUUGCCUAAGCACACGUGGAGAUUGUAUGGAAAGUGUUAAACGUUCAUUGAGAACAGUUUCCAGUUCAGGAAAAAAAGAAAAAAAAAAAAAAGGCAAAUGAAAACAUUUUAAAGUAUCCAGGUUAGCUGGAAAUUGUUUCUUCAUGACGUCUUUGUUUUCUUUCUCUUCCCAUCCUAGCAAGGGCCGUG